CUAUUGAAUUCAGCCAAAAUGAGAACGAUUUAUUUAAACAAGCCUCAGCCAAUUAAAUAUAUGUCUAAUAAAAUUAGCACUGCCAAAUAUAGUGUAUUCUUGUUCAUACCAAAGUUUCUGUUUGAGCAAUUUAGGAGAUAUGCUAACCUCUUUUUCCUCUUCAUUGCAUUGUUACAACAAAUACCAGGGGUAUCACCGACGGGUCAGUUCACGACGGCCAUACCUCUGCUUAUGAUUCUCAGUCUGUCUGCUGUCAAAGAAAUAUUUGAGGAUAUCAAACGAAGGCGGGCAGAUGAUGAAACAAAUAGUAGAAAAGUUUAUGCCCUGCGGAAUAAUCACUGGAUGGAGAUUGAAUGGCGCAAGAUUGUCGUCGGUGAUAUUGUCAAGGUGACCAAUGAAAAUUUUUUCCCUGCUGACCUAGUUCUCCUAUCCAGUAGUGAGCCGAGAGGUAUGUGCUACAUUGAGACCUCAAACUUGGAUGGGGAGACAAAUCUCAAGAUAAGACAGGGGAUUCCUUACACGUCCAACAUGGUUACGCACAAGGAUGUAGAAUCCUUGAAUGGCAUACUGGAAUGCGAACUUCCCAAUGCACACCUGUACGAUUUUGUGGGCACCUUGAAGCCAAGAGCCAGCAAUCCGGAAGAGUCUUAUUCUCUUGGUCCGGAGCAAAUGCUGUUGAGAGGUUCUAUGUUGAGAAAUACAAGAUGGAUAUUUGGUGUAGUCAUUUUCACGGGCCACGAGACAAAGUUCAUGUUAAACUCCACUAGUAUACCACUGAAACGAUCUACCGUCGAAAAGGUCGUCAAUUCACAGAUUCUCAUGCUAUUCAUCAUCCUCAUAGUUCUUGCUCUGAUAUGUGCUGUUGCCAAUCAAGUCUGGAUCUCACAGAAUCUAACGAAACAUUGGUAUCUUGGUAUACAAGAUGCCAGUCCUACAGGUUUCAUCCUGAACUUCCUCACCUUCGUUAUCCUAUACAACAACCUCAUACCAAUCAGUCUGCAGGUGACACUGGAGAUUGUAAGGUUCAUACAGGCCAUAUUCAUUCAAUGGGAUGUGGAAAUGUAUGACGCCAAGCACAACAUAGCCACUGUUGCCAAAACUUCUAACCUCAAUGAAGAACUUGGACAGGUCAAGUACAUAUUCUCUGAUAAGACUGGGACAUUAACGUGCAACGAGAUGGAAUUUAAAAAAUGCAGCGUAGGCGGUGUCAAGUAUGGAGAUGAUUCCAAGUCAGUUGAUAAGUUUGAUGAUUCCUCCCUUAUGGAAAACUUCAAUACUGGGCAUGAAACAGCACCUAUAAUCAGGGAUUUCUUAACUCUACUGGCAGUGUGCCACACAGUCGUUCCAGAGAAUGACCCGAAAGAGGCCGGCGGUAUCAAGUACCUGGCAUCUAGUCCCGAUGAACUUGCUCUUGUUCUGGGUGCCAGAAAUCAAGGCUUCAAAUUUACCACAAGGACUCCGACUGACGUCACUAUUGAAGUGUUUGACGUGAAAGAGAAGUAUAAGAUACUGAACGUCCUAGCAUUCACCAGCAAUCGUAAGAGGAUGUCCGUCAUCGUCCGCUUGCCCAAUGGCAAGAUCAGACUGAUGAUUAAAGGAGCGGACAUGGUGAUCUUUCCUAGACUGGCCUCCCAGCAACAGUACUUAGAUGUCACCAUCAACCAUCUUGAGGAAUUUGCUUCGUUGGGUCUAAGAACAUUAUGCUUGGCGGUGGCUGACAUUGAUGAGGACAAGUAUGAAGAAUGGUCGAAAGAGUACCAAGUCGCUAGCACGUCUAUCGAGAAUCGAUACGAGAAACUAGAAACAGCUGCCGAACUCAUUGAGAAGGAUUUACAGCUGUUAGGAGCUACAGCCAUUGAGGAUAAACUACAGGAGGGAGUCCCUGAUACGAUAGCAAGCCUAUUGAAAGCUGAAAUUAAGAUCUGGGUACUAACUGGCGACAAACAAGAAACCGCUAUAAAUAUCGGUUACGCUUGUCAGUUGUUCACAACAGGAAUGAAGAUAAUAUAUUUCAACGAGACCACACUGGACGACACGGCAGAAACAUUGAGGAGGUUUUUGCAAGAGUUAGGCGGUAGGGUCAAGCAGGAGAACAAUCUUCUUGGAUUGAUAACCGACGGAGAGACGCUGAAGCACGCCAUGAGUUACAGAUGUCGUGAGGACUUUUUGAGUUUGUUGCUGUCAUGCAAAUCAGUCAUCUGCUGUCGCAUGUCGCCUCUACAGAAGGCUGAACUCGUUAACCUGGUGAAGGUCGAAGUUAAGUCUAUAACGCUAGCUAUUGGAGAUGGUGCCAAUGAUGUCGGGAUGAUACAGGCUUCCCAUGUUGGAGUGGGCAUCUCAGGGAGAGAGGGACUGCAGGCUGCCUGUGCAUCUGAUUAUGCUAUUGGGCAGUUCCGAUUCUUAAAGAGAUUGCUGCUGAUACAUGGUGCUUGGAGUUACAGCAGACUGACAACUUUAAUAUUGUACUGCUUCUAUAAAAAUAUCUGUCUCUAUCUUAUAGAGUUCUGGUUCGCUAUAAUAAGCGCAUUCUCUGGUCAGAUCUUAUUUGAGAGAUGGUGCAUAGGUCUCUACAAUGUGAUUUUCACCGCAGCCACCCCAAUGGCCAUAGGUCUAUUUGAUCAGCAUUGCAGUGCUGAGAACCUCCUGAAGUACCCUGUUCUAUACAAGUUCACCCAAAGUUCUGAAUGCUUUAAUGUCAAGGUCUUCUGGGGCUGGUGUAUCAACUCCAUCUAUCAUUCUGUUGUAUUCUUCUGGCUGGCUGUCGCUAUGUUACAACAUGAGAUAGCAUUUGCAGACGGCAAAGUCGGCAACUACUUGUUCCUUGGCAACAUGGUUUACACUUAUGUAGUAGUGGCGGUUUGCAUUAAAGGAGGGCUGGAGACUAGCUCCUGGACAUGGCUCACUCACCUGUCCAUAUGGGGUAGCAUAAUCACGUGGUUCCUCUUCCUGGCCAUCUACCCGCAUUUCUGGCCCACUGUCAAUUUGGCUCCCGAGAUGGUUGGCAUGGACAAAUACGUAUAUACAUGCCCGCUGUUCUGGUUUGGGCUCUUCCUCAUCCCAUGCAUCGUUCUCUUCAGUGACAUCAUCUGGAAAGCAUUUCAGCGAACGUUUUACAAGUCAGUUGCCCAGCAGGUCCAGGAGAUGGAGGACCUGGAGCAUUCGCCGUCGACAAUGUCAAUACGGAGUUUUCUCACUAAAAGUGGUCGCAAGACGUACAUGGAAGAUGCCAUGAAAGACUUCCCAGCCACUGAGGAGUCUGUAAUCAAUCAAGAACCACGCGGUUUUGCAUUCUCACAAGAAGAGCAUGGCGUCGUUGAACAGGAUCAUUUGGUCAGAGUGUACGAUUCUAACAUGGAAAAACCAUCCGGGCUAUAAAUAGAAACAGCGUUUGUUUGCGUAGGUACAUACAUGACGGUUGUAACCAUAACAACAACAACUCAUAACAAAUCAAAGAUCGUGAAUUUUUUACUGAUUAUGAUUACGUUGACGAUGAUGAUGACGAUGUUGAUGAUGAUGAUGAUGACAGUGAUUAUGGUCUUAUUACAGAUCUGUAUUCGUCAGCAGCAUCGUCUUCAUCAUUUUCACCAUAAGAAGUUUAUUUAUUUCUUUCAUAGAUUAAUUGAUUGACUGGUUGUUUUAUUGAUUGGUUGAUUGAUUGAUUGAUUGAUUGAUUGAUUGAUUGAUUGAUUGAUUGAUUGAUUGAUUGAUUGAUUGAUUGAUUGAUCAGUGGAUCGAUUGAUUGAUCAAUGGAUCGAUUGACUGAUUGAUCAAUCGACUAAACGCUAAUAUUUUGUUAGCAAAUAAGUAUGAUUAAAUUUUUUUUUGCUAGUGUUAAACUCU